UUCAGAGACUAAUAGAGAUCAGAAGGGCAGCAAAAUGCCAAAGAAAAGUGAUACAGCAAGAAAACUGGAAGAUGUGGGAAUAGAGAUUGAUGGAGAUGUGGAGAGUGCUGAAGAGGACAAGAAAGCAAAAGGCAAGGGUGCUAAAAAAACAGCAGCCGGUAAGCGGGGCAAAGCAGCUGCCAGUGAGGACGGUGAGGAUGAAGAUGAGGAUGAUGAACCUCCAAGAGGUCGUCGAGCGGCCAAUAAAAAGAAAGCAGCCCAUGCAGAUGAGGAAGAUAGCGAUGAUGAUAUUCCACAGAGGAGAUGUGCCGGGAACAGGAGAAGAGGAAAAGUACGAGAGAGUGGGCGAGAUGGGGAAAAUGAGAAGUCUGGCAGAAAAAACAGGAAAGGUGGGAACAAAAAGAAGGAUGGUAAGGGGAAAGGAAAGGACAAGGAAAAUGACAAAGACAGCGACAAAGAUGAAAAGAAGAAAAAGAAUAGUAGUGGUGAUGAUUCCAAAUCAGAUGAAGAGGAGGAGUCCAUGUCUGAAGGAGAAAUGGCCAAACUGAUGGAGGAGGUGGAGGAGAAGAAGAAACUGAUAGCAAACAUCAGGACCAAGCCCUGGCGAAUGAGAAGACGACUUCAAGUCCUCAAAGAGGCUCAACAGUUUGUGGAUAAAUUUGAAGGUGCUUUGGGCAAAGGGAAAGGCAGGAAACUGUAUGCCUACAAAGUAAUGAUGAUGAAGAAAUGGAUAAAGUUUCAAAGAGAUUUUGAAAAUUUUAGGACAUCAUGCAUCCCAUGGGAGCGGAAAAUAAAGGAAGUUGAGAGUCAUUUUGGCUCCUCAGUUGCUUCCUACUUUAUUUUCCUCCGUUGGAUGUACGGCAUGAACUUGGUCCUCUUCAGCUUGACCUUUGGCCUGGUUGUGAUACCGGAGGUUCUCAUGGGGCUCCCAUACGGGUCCAUUUCUCGGAAAACUGUGCCGAGAGAAGAGCAAGCCACUGCUAUGGACUAUUCUGUUCUCACGGAUUUCAAUGGUUACUGCAAGUACUCAGUACUUUUCUAUGGCUACUAUAAUAACCAAAGAACCAUUGGCUUCCUGAAGUUUCGUCUCCCUCUGUCUUACCUCCUGGUGGGCAUUGGGACCUUCGGGUAUAGCCUCAUGGUAGAGUUCACCUUUGCCUGGAAGAUGUUCACCAGCUGGGAUUAUCUUAUUGGGAACGCUGAGACAGCCGACAAUAAAUACGCCUCCAUCACCACCAGCUUCAAAGAGUCCAUUGUGGAUGAGCAGGAGAACCAAAAGGAUGAGAACAUUCAUCUAAGGAGAUUCUUACGUGUCCUAGCCAACUUUUUCAUCACCUGUACGCUGGGAGGAAGUGGCUAUCUCAUUUACUUUGUGGUCAAACGUUCCCAAGAUUUUGCCAACAUGGACAACCUCUCAUGGUAUGAGAAGAAUGAGCUUGAGAUCAUCAUGUCUCUGCUGGGACUGGUGGGUCCAAUGCUCUUUGAGACCAUCGCUGAGCUGGAGGAAUACCAUCCACGUAUAGCUCUCAAGUGGCAGCUGGGGCGUAUAUUUGCGCUCUUCCUUGGCAACCUCUACACAUUCUUGCUUGCUCUGUUCGAUGAGGUCAAUUCGAAACUUGAAGAGGAGGAAUCUAUAAAAAACGCCAGCCUUUGGUACAUAAAGGAGUAUUACGCCAACUACUCAGCUAACAACCCAAAUGACACAGGCACCCCACCUCCUAUGGACCCCGCUGAUAUCAUCAGAGGCCCAUGCUGGGAAACUACAGUGGGAAUAGAGUUUGUGAAGCUGACCAUAUCAGAUAUACAAGUGACUUAUCUGACCAUCCUCAUCGGUGACUUCCUGAGAGCGUUGAUUGUGCGUUUCCUGAACUACUGCUGGUGCUGGGAUCUGGAAGCUGGCUGGCCCUCCUAUGGUGAAUUUGACAUAAGCGGCAAUGUGCUUGGUUUGGUGUUUAACCAAGGAAUGAUCUGGAUGGGGGCAUUCUAUGCUCCUGGUUUGUUGGGCAUCAAUGUACUGCGGCUCCUGACCUCCAUGUACUAUCAGUGUUGGGCUGUAAUGGCCUGUAAUGUCCCACAUGCGAGGGUGUUUAAAGCUUCCAAAUCCAAUAACUUCUACAUGGGCCUGUUACUGCUCAUCCUCUUCCUGAGUCUCCUGCCUGUGGUUUACACUAUCAUGUCUCUGCCUCCCUCCUUUGACUGUGGACCCUUCAGUGGGAAACAAAGAAUGUUUGACGUCAUUAUGGAGACCAUUGAUCUAGAUCUACCUGCGUUUAUGGGGACGCUCUUCAGCUACGUAGCAAACCCUGGACUCAUUAUACCAGCAGUUCUUCUCAUGGUUCUGGCCAUUUACUACCUGAAUUCUGUGUCAGUGGCCUAUAAGAACGCCAACAUGGAGCUAAAAAAGAAAAUGCAGAUGGCAAGAGACGAAGAGAAGAACAGACGGAACAACAAAGACAGCACUAACCAGGUGAUGAAGGACCUGGAGGAUCUACUUCCAAAUCGCUCUCCUGCUCCUCCAGAGAAUAGCGCAGAAAAAAAACAUGACCAGGGUGGAAAAUCUCCAAAAGUGAAACCAGGCUCAGCUGGAGGUGGCGUGCAUCUGCAGAAAGAUGUGUCACUCGCAUCAGCUAAUCCUAGUGCACGGGGGCCUGUGACUCGAGCGCCAGGCCCCAGGGGACCUGGACCUCUACCUGGCCAACCAGGGUCAGGCAGGGGUCAAGGGCCACCCCCUAGACGGCAGUAA